GUGAGAACUGGAGCAAGAAUCACUAAUGGAAAGUCAGUAAUUGUCACUGAUAUGCACAACAGCAUUAUGUGACAGAAACAAUGCCUAUAGCUAAUGACACCCAGUUCCAUCCUUCUUCAUUCCUACUGCUGGGCAUCCCAGGGCUAGAAGAUGUGCACAUCUGGAUUGGAGUCCCUUUUUUCUUCGUGUAUCUUGUUGCACUCCUUGGAAACGCUGCAGUCUUGUUUGUGAUCCAGACUGAGCAGAGUCUCCAUGAGCCUAUGUACUACUUCCUGGCCAUGUUAGAUUCCAUUGACCUGGGCUUAUCCACAGCCACCAUCCCCAAAAUACUGGGUAUCUUCUGGUUCAGCCUCAAGGAAAUAUCUUUUGGAGGCUGCCUUUCUCAGAUGUUCUUCAUCCAUUUCUUCACUGUCAUGGAGAGCAUUGUGUUGGUGGCCAUGGCCUUUGACCGCUACAUUGCCAUUUGCAAACCCCUUCGAUACACCAUGAUCCUCACCAGCAAAAUCAUCAGCCUCAUUGCAGGCAUUGCUGUCCUGAGGAGCCUGUACAUGGUCAUUCCACUGGUGUUUCUCCUUCUGAGGUUGCCCUUCUGUGGGCACCAUAUCAUCCCUCAUACUUAUUGUGAGCACAUGGGCAUUGCCCGUCUGGCCUGUGCCAGCAUCAAAGUUAACAUUAUGUUUGGCCUUGGCAGCAUUUCUCUCUUGUUAUUGGAUGUGCUCCUUAUUAUUCUCUCCUAUGUCAGGAUCCUCUGUGCAGUCUUCUGCCUUCCCUCCUGGGAAGCUCGACGCAAAGCUCUCAACACCUGUGGCUCUCACAUUGGUGUUAUCUUAGCCUUUUUCACACCAGCAUUUUUUUCAUUCUUGACACAUCGUUUUGGCCAUAACAUCCCACAGUAUAUCCACAUUUUCUUGGCUAAUCUAUAUGUGGUUGUUCCACCAGCCCUGAAUCCUGUAAUCUAUGGAGUCAGGACCAAACAGAUUAGGGAGAAAGUGCUGAGGAUUUUCUUCAAGACAGAUCACUAACCAACUGAAGUUUGGAGGGUCUCUGUUAGCAUUCAUUCUUGAUUCCCCCAUUUUUAAAAAGCAAAGUUAUCUUAUUUCUGAUACAGUAAAGAAAAAAAAAGGAAGGUAGAGUGGAAUAUCACAACCAAUAACUUUAUUUAUCUGUGAAUUGAAGCUUUUGCUUUUAAGGGCAGUUAUUUACAUAUUAGAAUUUUUAUAAACCCUACUUUUUCAGGUUUUAAAAAUGUUCAUUUCUGGAUCCUCAA